UCUGCGCGGAACAUCACUGAUGACUUCACCGCUGAACCAGUCCGAUCCAGAAUUGUUUGAUUUGAUCUCGCGGGAGAAACGCCGUCAGCGAAGGGGCCUGCAGAUGAUUGCGUCAGAGAACUACAUCGCCGUAGCCAUGCUACAAUGUCUCGGCUCCUGUUUGACAAACAAGUACUCCGAGGGGCUGCCGGGCCAGCGGUACUACGGAGGCAACGAGUUCAUAGACAAAAUCGAGCGGCUGUGCCAAGACAGAGCGUUGAAAGCGUUCAACCUCAAUUCUUACGAGUGGGGAGUGAACGUCCAGCCGUACUCGGGUUCGCCGGCCAACUUGGCUGUGUACACGGCACUGCUGCGGCCCCACGAUAGGAUCAUGGGCUUGGACUUGCCCGACGGAGGACAUCUGAGCCACGGUUUUAUGACGUCAUCAAAGCGUAUCUCCGCUACAUCCAUUUUCUUUGAAUCAAUGCCGUACAAGGUGGACCUCAAGACCGAACUGAUAGAUUACGACAAGUUGGCCGAGUCAGCCAGACUCUUCAAGCCUAAGAUGAUAAUUGCAGGUAUUAGCUGCUACUCUCGCUGUCUCAACUACUCGAGAUUCCACGAGAUUGCUGACGAAAACGAUGCUUUCCUCUUGUCAGACAUGGCCCACGUCUCGGGUUUGGUCGCCGCCGGCGUGAUUCCUUCACCAUUCCCGUUCAGUGACGUCGUCACCACCACGACACACAAGACGCUGCGUGGUCCGCGAGCGGGACUAAUAUUCUACCGUAGAGGAUUCCGUAAAGCAGAUAAGAACGGCCAACCAAUCAUGUAUGACAUAGAAGAUAAGAUUAACGCAGCUGUGUUUCCGGGUUUGCAAGGUGGUCCUCAUAAUCACCAGAUCGCCGCAGUGGCUACGGCACUUCUGCAGGCGAAGACUCCAGAGUUUAAAAGGUACGCUCAACAAAUAGUUCUCAACGCCAAAGCUCUUAGCUCUGCACUGCAAAGGAAAGGGUACAGAAUCGUAACCAACGGCACGGACGUCCAUAUGGUGGUGGUUGACAUUCGUCCUACAGGUCUUAAUGGUGGAAAGGCGGAACACAUCUUAGAACAGAUAAACAUUGCUUGCAACAAAAACACCCUGCCGGGAGAUCGGAGCGCCUUGAACCCCAGUGGAUUGAGACUUGGCACGCCAGCACUAACUACGCGGGGCAUGAACGAAACAGAUAUGGAGGUUGUAGCGGACUUCAUAGACCGGGGAAUCAAGCUAGCAGUGCGGGUAUUGAAAGUAUCUGGAACUAAAAUGUUCGAGUUUAAAAAAGUUAUCUUUGCCAAAGAGUUCGUUCCUGAGGUGAGAAGUCUUAAACGAGAAGUUGAAAACUUUGCUGAUCGGUUUCCCGUCCCCGAAUUUCAAGAUGGCAUAUAA